GGGAAACAGGCGCUGCGAGGCAGCCCCGCCAGACGCAGGACCGCGGCCCUGCAGCGCCGCUUGGCUCCGGACGCGGUGGGCCAAAAUGUCGACGAAGAAUUUCCGAGUCAGCGACGGGGACUGGAUCUGCCCGGACAAGAAGUGUGGAAAUGUUAAUUUUGCUAGAAGAACCAGCUGUAACAGAUGUGGUCGAGAAAAAACAACUGAAGCCAAAAUGAUGAAAGCGGGAGGGACUGAAAUUGGGAAGACGCUUGCUGAAAAGAGCCGUGGCCUGUUCAGUGCAAAUGAUUGGCAAUGUAAAACUUGUGGCAAUGUGAACUGGGCCAGGAGAUCAGAGUGUAAUAUGUGUAAUACUCCAAAGUAUGCAAAACUGGAGGAAAGGACAGGAUAUGGAGGAGGUUUUAAUGAAAGAGAGAAUGUUGAGUAUAUAGAACGUGAAGAAUCAGAUGGGGAGUAUGAUGAGUUUGGUCGCAAAAAGAAAAAAUACAGAGGGAAGCCAGUUGGGCCUGCAUCUAUCCUGAAAGAAGUAGAAGAUAAAGAAUCUGAAGGGGAAGAAGAGGAGGAUGAGGAUGAAGAUCUUUCCAAGUAUAAAUUGGAUGAGGAUGAGGAUGAAGAUGAGGCUGAUCUCUCAAAGUAUAAUCUUGAUGCCAGUGAGGAAGAAGAUGCUAAUAAGAAAAAGAAAUCCAACAGGCGCAGUCGCUCUAAAUCUCGAUCUUCCCACUCACAAUCUUCAUCGCGCUCAUCCUCACACUCAAGCUCAAGGUCUAGGUCAAGGUCCCAUUCAAGAAGCUCUUCGAGUUCCAGAUCAAGAUCUCGUUCCACUUCCAGAGAACAUUCUAGAUCUCGUGGGUCGAAAUCAAGAUCCAGCUCCAGGUCCCAUAGGGGGUCUUCAACCCCAAGAAAAAGAUCUUACUCAAGCUCUCGUUCAUCAUCUUCCCCUGAGAGAGGCAAGAAGCGGAGUCGCUCUAGAUCUUCUUCGCCCGGUGAUCGCAAAAAAAGACGUUCGAGAUCACGGUCACCCGAAAGACGCCGCAGGUCGUCAUCUGGAUCUUCCCAUUCUGGUUCCCGUACAAGUUCUAAAAAGAAAUAAUGCAUUAAAGUUCACAUUUAAAAAAAAAAAAAUCCAGUCCAGUGCAUGAGGCAUAUUUUUAAGAAGUUGGUGUCUUAUUUGGUCAGAAGUGCUAAAUCUGCUAGUAGAAAUGCAUGUUUGUCCUUGCUUUCUGGGAAGCUUUGUUCAUUCAUUAAACAAAAAGUAAGGUAGCAUUUUAAGCCAUAAAUUUCCCAAAGUAGGUGUGUACUUUUCAUUAUUCCAUUUAUCUCCUCAGAUGUUGCAUAUUUGUAUUGUUAAACAAUGUAUAAUUGGGCCCACAUAUUUUAGUACUACCACAUGGUUGGUUUGUUUUUUAAUUUUUAGGGCUCCAACCCAUUACAUUAUUUACCAUUCCCUGAGCUGUGAAUGGAGACAGGUUGAUCUGCUUAGUCCCACCCUCCAAAAGAAAGCUGCCUGCACAUAACAGCUCCUGAGCUUCUUUGAUGCACUUUUGCUAGAACCAGAGGAAAUUACUACAAUUCUAAGGCUAAAGUAUCCCAUAGGGGGAGGUUUUAGGCUAGGCUUCCAAUUCUUCUGUAUUUAAACAAAAGUUGUGAUGAAUGGCAAUUCUCUCACUCACAUUUAGUGCAGACGUCCGAUUCCCGCACCCAGUAUUAGGUUCUGUAAUGGGUAAGUGAGACUUCCACUCUCCCAGCUUGAAGGCUUUUGGGAUCAUUAAGCACUCUCUUCUCCAUAGCUGAGGUCUCUAUGGAGAUUUAGCCUAUUUGAUCCUGUCUUAGCCAAGGAGAAGCCUGUUUUCUGCAGUAGGUUGCUGGAUGCAAUUUAAUUUCCAUAUGUAUGAAGUCUGUGAUCCUCUCUUAGAAAGGGGACAGUCUUGUAUGGACUUGUAAUGCUGAAAUCAACAUUAUGUAGCUACUUUUGAAGUGUUGGGGGACUUUAUGAAACUAGUUUCUUUGGAGUUACAGUACAGGGUUGAAGCCUCUGCACGCCACCAGUCAAAGAUUAAUUUGGGCUGGAGAGAGAUUUUUUUCCACAGUAAAUUUUACUUGUGGUAGAUAAACUGCAUAAGAAGUUCUCCGGAAAUACAGAUAAAUCUGUGCUUCUAAAUAAAUGUGAUCAAAGAUCAUCACUGUUCCCCUAAACUUUAUAAAAUUUAUGGCUUAAAAUGCUUUAUGAAAUUUGUUUUAUUAGCAGUAUCAGAUUAAAGCCUGGUCACUCUUGAGCUCCGUUUGGUUAAGAAAGAUUUGUUAAGUUAUCUUCAGUGGCGUCACAAGGUAAGUAUGUUAAGGGAAAAUAAUGUUUUUUAAAACAAAAAAGCAAUAUAUCUGUAAUUAUUUGAGUAGUAAAACUUUCAACAUCUUUGAUAAGUUGCUUUUGUAAAACGAACUUCACAAGACAAACGGAGCAAAAUUACAUUCUGCUUUUCUUUUUUUUAAAUGACUUUUUAAGUUCCUUUUGGACUGAUUUGACAGAGCAAAAUGUUUUUGUUGUAGAAAUAUUUUGAUAAUCUUUUUGCAGAAAAAAUUGCCCUGCAACAACUUCUUUAUCGCUUUCUUUUAUAUCUGAUUUCCUUGCUAAAUGUAGUUUAGAUUGCACAAGAACAGUUAGUUUCUCUUAACUGUGCCUCUGACUUCAGGAAAGUCUACCUACUAAAUUGUAAAAAUUAGAUCUAUUAGAAGCUAUAUGUUACCUUUUGGUUUAUUCUUGUGCUUUGUAUUAAAAUUGUUGCUGUACUUAGAGAAAAGUUUUUAAAUUUUAGCAAAUGGUAGGCUACAGAUAACUGAGGAAAAUUAUGGUAUCAUUUGGCUUAGAUAAAAUGUACUAGGUCAUUUAAUGAAGAAAUGAUUCUGCAGACAAAUGUAAAUAAAGCCUGUGAGUCAAUUAUA